AUGCAGUCCCGAUUUGCUUUGGAAUGCGUCGCGGGUUGCUACACCAUCUGUUGUUCAAGCUCUCUUUGGUGGUGUAACCAUUGUUUUGGGUGGAGAUUGGUGCUAAUUUUUACCUGUCAUACAAGGUGCAACACGUUAGCAGGAGAUUUGAGGAUGAGCGAUGAGGAUGAAGGAUACGCAAAACGGCUUCUUUUUGUGGUUACUGGUCAGAACUUCUAUAAUGGCGAUAACAUCUUGUUACCUUCAUGUGCAUGA